AAACCGUCGUGAUCUCAGCGAGUACACAUCGGAGCAACCAAGCAAGGAUAUAACCAUAUCAAAUACCUCAAAGACCAACCAAUAUUCGCAAGAAUCUACAAAACUCAUUCAAGUGCCAAGUGCAAAGAAAAAGUGCCGCAAAAAUCAAAAGAAAAACCUCGUGCUAACCCCCAAAAGUUAUUAAAAAAUCGCCAAAAUUACGCCCCACAUCGGUAUGCAGUCGUCGGAGGGUUCGCCAGAUAUGAUGGAUCAGAAAUACAACAGCGUGCGCCUGUCGCCAGCGGCAUCGAGUCGCAUCCUUUACCAUGUGCCCUGCAAAGUGUGCCGGGAUCACAGCUCCGGCAAGCAUUACGGCAUUUAUGCCUGCGACGGCUGUGCCGGUUUCUUCAAGAGGAGCAUUCGCCGCUCCCGGCAAUAUGUCUGCAAGUCCCAGAAGCAGGGCCUCUGCGUGGUGGACAAGACGCACCGGAAUCAGUGCCGUGCCUGCCGACUCAGGAAGUGCUUCGAGGUGGGCAUGAACAAGGAUGCUGUGCAGCAUGAACGGGGUCCCAGGAACUCCACACUGCGCCGCCAUAUGGCCAUGUACAAGGAUGCCAUGAUGGGUGCCGGCGAGAUGCCUCAAAUACCCGCCGAGAUUCUAAUGAACACAGCUGCUUUGACUGGAUUCCCGGGAGUACCCAUGCCCAUGCCUGGUUUGCCGCAGAGACCGCAUCAUCCUGGCAUGACCGGAGCCUUCCAGCCUCCUUCUUCGGCUGCAGCUGCUGCUGCCGCCGCUGCUGCUGUUUUGGAUCUAUCCGUGCCGCGAGUGCCACAUCAUCCGGGUCACCAUCAGGGACAUCAUGGUUUCUUCUCGCCCACGGCAGCUUACAUGAAUGCCUUGGCUACCAGGGCUUUGCCACCAACGCCUCCGCUGAUGGCCGCGGAGCACAUCAAGGAGACGGCGGCCGAGCAUCUGUUCAAGAACGUUAACUGGAUCAAGAGCGUGCGCGCCUUUACGGAACUGCCCAUGCCCGACCAGCUGAUGCUACUGGAGGAGUCCUGGAAGGAGUUCUUUAUCCUGGCCAUGGCUCAGUACCUCAUGCCCAUGAACUUUGCCCAGCUGCUGUUCGUCUACGAGUCGGAGAAUGCCAAUCGUGAGAUCAUGGGCAUGGUGACGCGCGAAGUGCACGCCUUCCAGGAUGUGCUCAACCAGCUGUGCCACCUCAAUAUCGACAGCACCGAGUACGAGUGCCUGAGGGCCAUCUCCCUGUUCCGUAAGUCGCCGCCGGCAGCCAGCUCUACGGAGGAUCUGGCCAACAGCUCGAUUCUCACGGGCAGCGGCAGUCCCAACUCCUCGGCCUCGGCGGAAUCGAAGGGUCUGCUGGAGUCCUCAAAGGUGGCGGCCAUGCACAACGAUGCCCGUAGCGCCCUGCACAACUACAUCCAGAGGACGCAUCCUGCGCAGCCUAUGCGAUUCCAAACCCUGCUGGGAGUCGUCCAGCUGAUGCACAAGGUCUCCAGCUUCACCAUCGAGGAGCUGUUCUUCCGCAAGACCAUUGGCGAUAUUACCAUUGUGCGCCUCAUCUCGGACAUGUACAGCCAGCGCAAAAUCUGAGGAGAGUCCUUUGUAUCCUGAUCUGAUCUGCACUCGAAGUGCCUUCCUAGUGCUGGGAACUGUGAUAAUCUCGGAAGAAGCGCUUUGCACCACUUUCCAGGACAUCUCCAGGAGUCGAGCCUUAAAAAACACACACAUAAGCCACAUUCACCUCAUUACCUUACCUUAAAAAAUUGGAUUUGCAUACGCAAAAGUUUCAACUUUGCCUGUUAGUUACUUGAAUCGUAGCCUAGUUUCCUGUACAGUUAUAAACAAU